AUGGCAGCUGCCUUCACCCUCAGAAAACCCCUUGUUUCCACACUGACCUCUCCUUUCUGUCCCACUCACACUGGAACCAGACGUUGGAGAGGCAGUGACCAUCUUCACCCGCACAGCGCCCCUGUCUCUGUGCUGACAGAGAGAAGCAACCUGGCUGGAGUGCAGCACAUUCUACUGGUGCUCUCCGGGAAGGGUGGCGUGGGGAAGAGCACCAUCUCCACAGAGCUGGCUCUGUCACUGCGGCAGUCUGGGAAGAAGGUGGGGAUCCUGGACGUGGACCUGUGUGGCCCCAGCAUUCCUCGCAUGUUCAGGGUGCAGAACAGUGACGUGCACCAGUGCGACAGCGGCUGGGUCCCCGUGUUUGUGGACCAAGACAAGAGCAUCUCCCUCAUGUCCAUCGGCUUUCUGCUGGAGAAGCCAGAUGAUGCUGUAGUAUGGAGAGGACCCAAGAAGAAUGCUUUGAUCAAACAAUUUGUUGGUGACGUGGCCUGGGGCGAUCUGGACUUCCUCAUCGUGGACACACCACCAGGCACAUCAGACGAGCACAUCUCCACCGUGGAGGCCUUGCGGCCCUACAAGCCUCUUGGAGCCAUCCUGGUCACAACGCCUCAGGCGGUGUCUGUGGGAGACGUGAGGCGAGAGCUGACAUUCUGUAAGAAGACGGGCUUACAAGUUCUUGGCAUAGUGGAGAACAUGAGUGGCUUUGUCUGCCCGCACUGCUCGGAAUGCACAAACAUCUUUUCCAAAGGAGGAGGUGAGGAACUGGCCAAGCACGCUGGGGUCCCCUUCCUAGGCUGUGUUCCCCUGGACCCUCAACUCAGCCAGAGCUUGGAGGAAGGCAGAGACUUCAUCCAAGAGUUUCCCAAGAGCUCUGCCUUCCCUGCCUUGGCUCACAUCACCCAGCAGAUCUUGGAUAGUACCUCACAGCGGAGCUCCUGAGGAGGUUACGGAGCUGGACUCUUGCUGGUUGAGCCCCUGGCCUGGCAGCCCCACCAGCCGCCUGUGCUGGCGGCGAAGGGGGAAGCUGUUAUGUUAUAAAACUGUCUCACUGUAGGGAUGACACGGAGUGGGGGGCCCAGCAUUGGUGCCACUCAAGGCAAUUCAAAAAGGGAAGCGCUGCUCCAUCCCCCUGGAUCCCAAGAGACCCAGCCUAUUCCUUGCCUUCUCAACGUGGUGGUGCUCUGCCCAGAUGGUACAGUCAUUCCUAGCCCCGUGCACACGUCUUCCUCCACAGCGGGUUCCUGAAGAGCUCUGUCUUGUGCCCACGGCCUCUCGUACUCUGCUGUGCUUCUGGCCAUCACCUGAUACACCUGCAGUGGCAAACGCCAUCGACUGUUCUCGCCUCGCUGAACCCAAACUGAUCAUCUGAAUCGUGGCUCCGGGUGCUGCUGCCUUCUCCCACCCCUUUCCUUCUGUGACAAAUUGUACGGUGCUUGGCUCAGUGGCUGGGAAGUUCAUGCUGGAUGCUUUGAUGUGGACCCGAGCAAAGCUGCCCUGUUCUGACAUCUCAAAUCGCUGGUUCCUGAUGGGGUGAUGAGCGCAUGGAAUGAUCAUCGGGUGAGAAAAUGUCUUUAGGAGAGCUACCACUUGUGUGAGGUCUGCACCCCACUGGGCUGCAAACAAGGCCUUUUUGGUCUGCUGAAGGGUUUCAUGACUCAGGAAUGUUUCUAAAAGUUCCAGACAGUAAAUUCUUUUCUUAAAAUCCAA